AUGGCCCAGCACAAUCCAUGUUUGAGCCCAACAGACAUAGUCCGCAAGCUCCUAGCCAAUACCUUGAACGAGGAUGUCCUCGGAGAACUCGUGGCACCCGAUGCAACAUACAUCUCUUUGACAUAUGACAACCCCGAGUUGACCAAAAUCCUUCCAUGGGCAGGAACAUCGCCAACUGGCGGUGCAGCCGCUAUCAUCAAGGCAUUCGGGGGUGUUGAACAGCAUUGGCAGAACGAACUUUUCGAAAUCUUAACGUGCUUCUGCGUGGAUGAGGAUGUCGCUGUGUUUGGCAAAUUCACCUAUCGGUCAAAAACGCUGGGGAAGGCGUCCACAAGCCCGUUCGCAAUGUGGUGUAAGGUCCGGGAUGGGAGGAUCAUCUUCUUACAGUUCUUGGAGGAUAGCUUUGGGACGACCAACACUUUCUACACAGGCGGUCAAAGGACGUUCAAUACCAUCCACACUAAGAGAGAGAUUGAGAUAUAG